ACCACUUCCCACGACAAUGCCCGUGUCAGGGAGGCCAGCUGUGAAGCACCCGCACCGCCUGGGGACCAGCCGAAUAUGAUCACAGAGGGAAGCCCGGGGUGGGGAGAGGAGCACCAGGGACAGAUUUCAGCAGAAAUACCACCGCCGCAGAGGCCCCCGCCGUGCAGAGGGCAUUGCCAGGGACAAGGGUUCCGACCCCGCCGAAAGGCACCAAGGUGCAGAGGAAAAAAAACGAGGGAAAAAGAAGGAGAACGGGCAAGCCCGGCGGAGGCGGCGGCCGCGGCGCCCGGAGCGGCUCUUACCGUAGACCAGCUUUUUCAUCUCGUGGUACCUGGCCCACAGGUGCCGCGCUCCCCGCCCCGGCCAUGCUGAUGAGCAAGAGGGUGAAGCGCCUCUUGCAGCUGGUGCCUGGGAAGCGGCGCUUCGGCGUGUACAGGUUCCUGCCCUUCUUCUUCCUCCUCGGGGGAGCCAUGGAGUGGUUCAUGAUUAACGUCCGCAUUGGCAAGGAGACCUUCUAUGAUGUUUAUCGUAGGAAACGAUCUGAAAGACAGUACGAGGCCAGGAUGGAAAAAAAUGAAUUUUAGCUGAAGUGUUUCAAGGUGAAGGUCCUGGAUUCUUCAGCUGUGUUAAUACCAUGGAAGCAUUACUGCCACAGUGAUCGGAAGAUUUUUGUCUCUGCAAGAUGAACUGUAACCCACAAGUUUGUGUUACACUUUUAAAUGGUUUUGGCAGUUUUAUUCUUCUCGCAUCUACUUCAUGUCUGUAACAUUUUGUAUUUAAGCCAAAUACAACAGCAAAAAGCUCAUUGUGUUUAGGCAUCUGCCACUUAUUUAAUGUUUGUUUAGCACUUUUAAAUAAACUAAACUGAAUAAACAAA